UCUCUCUCUCUCCUGCCGGCAAGGUGAUACCCGAGGACGCUGUUUUCAUCCAUCCACGGGCUAUUUAUUUACGCAUGAGGCACAGAAAGCGACUCUCUGGCUGUUUCCCUUGGCUUCCUUCGCGGUUAUGAGGAGCGGAACUGAAGUUUGAGCGACUCCGGCUUUGAUACUGUAAUUCAGUGUAAUAGAGUGUCAGAGACCUGUGUGUGUGUGUGUUGCUGCUCUCCGGGCUGGUCGGUCUGGCACGCAGGAGGAGAAGAAGCGGUGGCGUUUCUCCUGUUGUUGGAUUGUUGUUUGUUUCCAGGAGGAUGGUGCUGGACAAGGAGGAGAGUGUGUCUCUCGUGUCCCUCCAGUCCAGAGAGAAGCCGAGGGGCUGCGCCGGCUGCAACGGGAAGAUCCGUGACCGCUUCAUGCUGCAGGCGUUGGACAGGUACUGGCACGAGGACUGCCUGAAGUGUGCCUGCUGUGACUGUCGCUUGGGCCGGGUGGGCUCCACCCUCUACACCCGCGCCAACCUCAUCCUCUGCCGCAGGGACUACCUGAGACUCUUUGGGGUGACGGGGAACUGUGCAGCCUGCAGUAAGCUGAUCCCUGCCUUUGAGAUGGUGAUGAGAGCCAGAGACAACGUCUACCAUUUAGACUGCUUCGCCUGUCAGCUCUGCCGCCAGAGAUUUUGCGUGGGAGACAAGUUUUUCCUCAAGAACAACAUGAUCCUGUGCCAGCUGGACUAUGAAGGAGGCCAUCUUAAUGGCAGCACCGAGAGGCAGCCUCAAUAAGAGAUCAGAACAGGACAACUGUGAGCCAGCUGGACCAUGAAACUCACAACAGCACAGUCAGCUCAUCAGCCUCCCAUUUCAGACGGAACCAUGUGCGGAAACAACACUGAUGGGACACGUUUCCAGCAGCCAUCGAUUGAACUCUUUAUUAUAGAGCUCCUGAAAACGGACAUUUCUGAUCAGAUGGACCAGAGAGAAACCUGGAAGUAAAAAUGGAACAGUAAAACCAUCAGGAGACUCCAGACAACUUAAUGUGGACUGUGAUGGUUCUGCCCCCUUUUUACAUUCAACAAAUCAUCGAAGAGUCUGUUUCACCAAACUUAAAAUACUAGAUGGAUGGAGUGAAGCCAUUCAGGCCACACAUAGCAUCAACCAAGUCACCCAUCACAGAGAAAAAUACUAAGUUGUCUUUUUAAACUUCUGAUUAUCAAAUUGUUCCUGGCAGUCACCGUCGUCUGCGGUAAACCCCGCCCAUCUGGCAUGCAAGAAGCCCCGAAACCAACUGAUACAUUUUUCUAAAUACCGUUCAACAACUGAGGAGGAUGAACUGUUUUUCCUUCAUCUCUCUGCCUCUCCACUCUGAACACUCGACGGAACUGAGUGGCACUUCAAACCAUAGUUUUGUUUUUGAUCUCAAGCUGUUUUGUCUUGACUAAUUAAACUGAAUUUUAAUUUCA